GGUCAGCUCGCCACUGAUUUCCGAGGACUCGACGACGUGGUCAAGACUUGAGGAGCUUGACCCGCUCACGAGAGAAGACUUCGCUUGGAUGCCUCUACCCUCAACCGGAACCUUGCCAAGGCCGCAUUGUAACGCCUUGAUGGCCAAUCUACGCUCCUAUUUGCACGCUGCAAUACCAGCUCCGUUGACGGACGACGGAGUAGCGGUUGUCGAUCUCCGCUCCUAUCUUGCGAAGAUUGACCGCGAGCAUGCCACCCAAAGGUACGCCGAGACCGACGCGCCUUUGCUAUAUAUCCGCAUUCAAAUCGGAAAGACAACUUGCAGUGCCUUGAUUGAUUGCGGAGCAUCUCGCAAUUUCAUGAGCCAAGCCUUUAUGGCCCGCGCAGGCCUUGGCCCACGCGUUCGAAGGAAGACGCAACCUACGCAAGUUACACUCGCGGACGGCCGCACGCACAAGUCAAUUGACCGAUGCGUCGACGGCGUUCCAGUAUACUUUGCACCACUUGCGUGUGAGCUGGUGUCUUUUGACAUCCUCGAAACCAAGUUCGACAUGAUUCUAGGCAUGUCUUGGUUGCGUAGCGACGAUCAUCCGGUGAACUUUCAUGACCGAACUGUUCACAUCCGUGAUCGGAACGGAGUGUUAGUCCCAUGUACGGUCGCGACCCCUCACACUUCGAUUGCUUGUCACGUGGUUUCCGUUGCGAGAAUUCGCGACGCCAUAGCUCGGAAUGACGUCGAGGAGAUGGGCCUUGUAUUCUUGCAUGCUCUCCCCUCGUUGGACGGACCAGCCGCGUCACCGCCGGAUCCACGCAUUUCUCACCUCUUGGACAAGUAUGGAGACGUCUUUGAGGCUCCCACCGGAACGGUUCCGGAUCGGCCCAUACGUCACGAGAUCACUCUCGAGACGGGCGCCGUCCCUCCGCGUGGAUGCAUUUACCGCAUGAGCGAAGAGGAACUCGAGGUGCUUCGCGCACAACUCAACGAACUCCUUGACAAGGGUUGGAUUCACCCUAGUUGUUCGCCUUACGGUGCCCCUGUUCUAUUCGUCCGGAAGAAGAACAAAGAUCUACGGUUAUGCAUCGACUAUCGAAAGCUUAACGCACAAACCGUAAAGAACGCCGGCCCUCUCCCUCGGAUUGAUGAUCUCCUUGAGCGGUUAGGCGGCGCGACGUACUUCUCGAAGUUGGACUUGAAGUUAGGUUACCACCAGAUUGAAAUCCAGCCUCAAGAUCGGUACAAAACCGCGUUCAAGACACGGUACGGGCACUUUGAGUGGGUUGUCAUGUCAUUUGGCCUCACCAAUGCCCCCACAACUUUCCAAGCAGCUAUGACGACUGAGUUUCACGACUUGCUCGAUCGCAGCGUCCUCAUCUACCUCGACGACAUCUUGGUUUAUAGUAGGACGUUGGACGAGCACAUCGUACACCUUUGCGCUGUUUUGGAUCGUUUGCGACUGGCCAAGUACAAAGCGAAUCUCGACAAGUGCGAGUUCGCCAAGCARGAGYUUGAGUACUUGGGWCAYUWUGUCACGCYGAAAGGCAUUCGUCCCUUAGCGGACAAGAUCCAAGCCAUCGUGGAUUGGYCAGAACCCCGUUGCACGACGGAUGUACRCUCUUUCAUGGGUUUGGCUGGAUAUUAUCARCGAUUCGUCSAGUCAUACUCGAAAGURGCCGCUCCCUUGUCGAGACUUCAGUCCCCAAAGGUGCCCUUCGAGUUCGACGACGCAGCCCGUGGCGCGUUCACUACGUUGAAGGCAGCAAUGCAAGCCGCACCUGCCCUCCGUAUAGACGACCCCACCCUUCCCACCCAAGUGACUAUGGACGCUUCGGGAUAAGGUAUUGGUGCGGUGUUGGAACAGUGUCACGGGAACGGUUGGCAUCCGGUCGAGUAUUUCUCCCAAAAGGUGCCUCUCAUCAACACUCUCGAUGACGCUAGAAAGAAAGAGCUACUCGCGUUCGUCACCGU